AUGGAAUCGCUACGCAUUCCACGCCUGGAGGGCAGCAACCUGACGAAUGACUGGUACUCUGCGGAGGUGCGGCGUCACCUUGCCUGUUCGGACAAGUCUGGGCUGCGAGUGGCUGCGCUGGUUCCACUCUGGCCGAGCUCUGUGGUGGCCAUGACCUUGUUAGGCAAUACAUCAGAGUUGGAUGUCGGUGAGCCGGCCGAGCUCAAUGCUGAUUGUUGGGUUUCACGGCAGGAUCAACACGUACAUCGGUCAUCUUCACCAACCAAUAAUUUGGAUGCGGUGGCGCGUGGACGAACGGCUCGGGUGGUUGUCGGGGCCCGAAUAUUCCUCUACUCGACGCGGGAGGAAGUUCGCCUUGUGAAUGAGAGGGAAUUUGGGAAGCUGGCCACAGAGUCGUAUUCGUUCCAGUGCCGUGACACCUUUGUCUGGAACAGGAAAAUGCAUCCACAUCUGGAGAAAAGAGGCGAGAAGCACGCAGAUGGAUCAUUAAAGUCCCUCGACGAACAUUCCAUGGACCGUCGUGUGGAGCUCAAAUGCGGAAUGCCGGUCGUGCUGCUGGCCAACCUCGACCUGAACCGAGGACUUUGCAAUGGCAGCCAGGGCGUCAUUGUCGGAUGGAAAAUGCCCAACAGGAGGGUAGAAACGCUAUUCCAAGGCUCCUGUGACCACGCUCUGCUCAAAGAGCUCGAGAUAAUAGCGUACGAGAAGAACGUCGACGAGCCAAUCUGGCCCAUAGUUCGCUUCAGCAACGGUAUCAAGCGCGAUAUCCGAGCCAUGUGCCAGGUCAACGAGCUGGGUGACGACAAGCCCUACUCACUGUUGUGUCGCACACAGAUACCCCUUACACCGGCCUGGGCCAUGACCGUUCACAGAGCACAGGGCAUGACGCUGGACAAGGUCAAGGUCGAUGUGUCGAGGGCAUUUACCGAUGGUCAGGUAUACGUUGCGCUGUCGCGGGCCACGAGCCUGCGCGGCCUCCAGAUCUUGGGCGAUGCCAGAGGGCUGGAGAUGGGUUUAGGCGGGAAUGAUGAGGCGCAACAGGCCGUGACUUAUCUGCGCGGCGUGAUCAGACCCCACUGCCUGCUACACAACGGGCACCCAUAUGUCACAUAUGACGUGGUAAAGGAGUUUGUGACUGUCAAUGUCGAUAUGAGAGUAAAUGACAUUGGAUUCCAGACGUGA